CUCCCCGGCCGGAAAUCUCGCGAUGGCGGGAGGAGGUGCGUCCACAGAAGCGCUGAAAGAAGAGGGGCGGUCGCCGCCCUCCGCGCCCGCACCUCCGGCAGCCAGCGGCCCCAGGAAGAGCCGGUGGGGCUUCGUAAUCACCGGGGCCGUCGGCGGCGCGCUGGUGGCCGUGUAUGCUGUGGCCACGCCGUUUGUCACCCCGGCCCUCCGCAGAGUUUGUUUGCCGUUUGUGCCUGCGACGGCCCAGCAGAUCGAGAACGUCGUGCAGCUGCUGCAGCGCAGGAAGGGCUCGCUGGUGGACAUCGGCAGCGGCGACGGGCGCAUUGUGAUCGCGGCAGCCAAGGAGGGAUUCACAGCGGUGGGCUACGAGCUCAACCCCUGGCUGGUCUGGUUCUCCCGGUACCGCGCGUGGCGAGAGGGGGUGCAGGCCUCGACCCGCUUUCACAUCUCGGAUUUGUGGAAGGUGACUUUUUCGCAGUACUCGAACGUUGUGGUCUUCGGGGUGCCUCAGAUGAUGCCGCAGCUGGCCAAGAAGCUUGAGCUUGAACUUGAGGAUGGUGCCAGAGUCAUCGCUUGCCGGUUCCCGUUCCCGAACUGGACCCCUGACGAGGUCACGGGCGAGGGGAUCGACACCGUGUGGGCGUACGAUGUGAGAACCUUCAGAGGGAGCGGCGGGAGGCCCCGGGGGUCCGCACCCGGACAGCUGGCCACGCAAACGUGAGCGGCGCCGAGAGCCUUUUUCUGAAAUGCCGGCGGCCCCCGGUGCCCACUCGCAGCCGUGUCUCCUGCAGGAGUGUCUCUCUUUGGUCCAGAUCGAGAAAUUCCCACUUCCCUUAACUUGUGCAGGAAGCAAGUGGCGAGCAGAAGCUGGACUUAAAGCCCCAUUUCGGGGUGUAUCUGCCAUCUGUGCUGCUCUCCCGUGUGGGACGGAGUGGGACGGCCCGGGCCGGGCGGGGACUCACCGGCUCUCCACAUCCUGGGCACCGAGACGCCGCGCCAGGGAGGAGAACAAACCGCUGGUGAAGAGGGCAGGGGCCGGCCGCGUCUUAAGUCUUAGGCACAUGUAGGGUUCAUCUCUCCCGCAGGUCGUGACAAAUUUUCUAAAGGAUGUAGAGAGACAUAUUUUGUAAAACAUAAAAUAUAAAACCGGGAAUCAUUUGUUCCAGAGUUAAUUACUCUCUGUGAAUCCACUGUGUGUCGUGCGUGUGCUCAGACACAGUUUAACGUUUCUGAGUUCUGAACACUGUCUUGUACCCUAGUGACACUGGUUCACAACACUGUAGAGAUCCCAGGCGUGCGCUGCAGUCAUGGCAUCGAUGUGCACAUCACACCUGCUGCCAAGGGCCGGUGCCACCCCCACAUCUCACCAGGCCCGGCC